UAUCACUCCAUACAUAUCGAUUUUCAUUCCUGUAUUGCCAAUCUAUAUCCUUAUUUUCUUGUCCCACCAAAGUCACACUUUCGAAUUUCUUCUCCCAUAAUUAUCUUUUUUAUUUAUUGAAGCAAAGUCACGAUGGCGGGCAGUUUACUACAACAAUGUCACCAAAAGACCACUGCAUUAAUCCAGAACACGUCACAGAAUCCAAAGACCCUCGCAUACGCUACUCCUUUUCUAUGUCUUUGUUCGUGGCUUCUUGUUCGUCUUAUUAAGUCGCUGAAGAAACCUGAUAGUGGUAGACCUUCCACUCCGGAUCUUGAGAAAGAGAAAUCGACAGCGGGGGGAACUUCUUUCAAAGCUCUGCCUAGAAAACCAGGAGGUUCGUAUCUUUUCAUUUCAUGAAAUGAUGGGAUCGGAUAACUGAUGAGUUUUUACAGUAUGGGAACCUGUAGAAUUCCGCCGUCCAUAUGCUCGUCCAGCUCCAAACUGGAAUGUCCACACCACCAAACCAAAUCCUUACCGCCCUUUCAGACAUGGACCAUACCACAUCACGAUGGGAUUGCGAAGCAUGCCAUGGGACGAAUGGAUCGGUUCGUCAUUUCCCUUCCCUUCAUCCCAUAUCCGGGAUUAGGCGAUACACAGAAGAAACUGAUUUGGGAAAAACAGAACUAGAUAACCACUACCUAAAAUACCACGCCGACAAAGCCCAACGCAUCAUCGACCGCGGCCCAAAAUGCAGCUACACCGACCCCUCCGCCUUCGACGGCGCCAUCGAACUCCUCGAAGAAUUCUGUGCCUACCUUCCCGAACGGUAUCCCUCCCUGUACGCACGCACGGAUGUAGGUAUGAACAACCUGCUUACGGGCGAGACAUUCAACAUCAAAGAACGGCCGCUGGUGGAGGAUCCUAUGCAGAUGGCUGCUAGGAUGGUACAAGAUGAUUUGGCAAUCAUGUUUGAGAAAGAGGACGGCCAGUAUUAUUUGCUGGCGGGUAGUAUCUUGCUCGCGGGCUUCUGGCGAUUAGAGGAUAAAUUGGGGAUGUGUUUGAGUGAGAUUCAUACCGAGGGAAAUGUCCCGGGGUAUAAGACGAAGUUGGAGAAGGGGAUGAUGAAUUUCUUCCGGAGGGUACAACCUAAUGGUCCUGUGCAGAGAGUGAGUUUCCCCCUUUUCCCUACCUCGCGUAUCUUUCCUUUUCCCUCCCUCGCUUUUCUUUCCCCUUUCGGACAACCAUGAAGCGACGUAAAGGGGCGUAAGCGAAACCCCUCAUCCAGAAUCUCGUCACACACCAACCCCCCUCCCACACCCACUAACCACGCCCACCCAGAACAACUACUUCCUCCAAGUCGACUCCUCCCUCCCCUGGUCCUCCUCCAUCGGUCCCGAAGACGGCUCCCCCUCCAAACGCGGCUGGUACACGGCCGAAAAAAACAAAGCCAUCGAGCACCACCACUUCCGCUCCGAGCGACAGACGCUGCGUCGUCUCCCCCGGAGCGGCGGCGUCGUCUUCACCAUCCGCACGUAUUUCCAUCCCAUCACCGAGAUUUGCGAGGAACCGUAUGUGCCCGGUCGCUUGGCGAGUGCGGUGCGUAGUUGGGGUGAUGAUGUGAGUCGGUAUAAGGGGAAGGAGAUGUAUGGGGGGGUGUUGCUGGAGUACUUGGAUAGGAAGCAUCGGGAGCAGGUUGAGGGG